CCUCUUAACUCAGUUUGCCUUGAGUCUUACGUUGGCCAACAUGUGGUUGUCAAGCAACGUUCGUCAGCUAGCCCUUGGGCUCGCUAUUUCCCUGCUGUUGGUGCAGAAUAUUGGAGCGUUACCAAAAUGCAGUGCCAAUGAUGAGGAGUGCAAAGAUCGUCGUAUGCAUCCUGACUUCCCCGCAUCAAAGAUCCCCUUAAGUAGGGCCAUGGCCGGAGAAGAUACCAACGAUUAUUGGCGUAAUUUGAGCAAAGAUUUCAUCCAAAAGAAAUUGUCAUCUACAUUCAAUGAGAAGCGUGCCAAAAAUGUGAUCAUGUUUUUGGGCGAUGGCAUGGGUCUAACCACAGUGGCGGCAGCUCGCAAUCUUUUGGGUGGUGAGGAGAAACAAUUGUCCUUCAAUGAGUUCCCCUACACUGGUUUAUCCAAGACCUAUUCAGUGGAUAAAAUCGUACCAGAUUCGGCCUGUACUGCCACGGCCUAUUUGUGUGGUGUAAAAGCCCAAGAGGGCACCAUAGGCGUGAAUGGUGAUGUGGAGUAUGGCGAUUGUGAGAAGGGUCAAGAUAAAGAGAAAUGGGUGUACUCCAUUGCCAAGUGGGCUCAAGAUGUUGGCAAAAGUACUGGUGUCGUGACCACAACACGCAUCACCCAUGCCUCACCUUCGGGAGUUUAUGCCCACAUUGCUCAUCGCGAUUGGGAAAACGAUCAAGAAGUCAAGACAGCUUGUGGUUCUGACAAGGGCAUUGAAGACAUUGCCUAUCAGCUGAUCAAUGGCGAGGUUGGUAGUAAAUUGAACUUUGUCAUGGGUGGUGGCAAGAAGCAUUUCAUCGAUUCCCGUCUCUAUGCCAAUGGUCGCCGUGGAGAUGGCCUAAAUUUGGUGGAUCAAUUCAAAAACCAGGACGGGUCACGUAAUCUCUAUGUUGAGACACGUGAUGAGCUGAUGUCGGCCGAUUUGAAGAAUUACGAUCGUGUCUUUGGUCUAUACCAAGACGAUCACAUGCUGUAUCAUUUGGAGACCGACGAGACCACCAAUCAACCCACUUUGGAGGAAAUGACCAGCAAGGCCAUUGAAUUCCUAUCGAAAAACGAUGAGGGCUAUUUUAUUUUCAUUGAGGGUGGUCGCAUUGAUUUGGCUCAUCACCAGAAUUUUGCACGUAUAGCCUUGGAUGAAACUGUGGAAUUCUCCAAAGCCAUUGCUGCUGCAAGGGAGCUAACCAGUGAAGAUGACACCUUGAUUGUGGUAACUGCAGAUCAUUCGCAUUCCUUUUCCUACAAUGGUUAUCCAAAACGUGGCAAUGAUAUUUUCGGCCAGACUCCUGCCAAUCCGGAUGACAGAAAGCCUUAUAUGACCUUGAGUUAUGCCAAUGGUCCCAGCUAUGAUCGUUUCUUUGAUGUUGAAAAGUCCGAGCGUGUGGAUCCAACCACAGUUAUAACUGGUGAUCGUUAUGAUCGUUUCCCAGCUGCCUGGCCCCUGGAAGAUGAGACCCAUGGCGGUGAAGAUGUCGGUGUAUAUGCCUCGGGACCAUGGUCUCAUUUGUUUACCGGUGUAUAUGAACAAAAUGCUAUACCCCAUAUGAUGGGUUAUGCAUCGUGUUUGGGUUCCGGUUUGAAAAUGUGCACUCGCAAAUAGAGAGAUAUUUUUAUUAACCGGAAAAAAUGUAUAUUAGAAGAAUAUAUAAAUUAUAUAUUAUAUUUUAAUAAAACUUCAACGAUUAUCGUGAUAUUUUAAAUAUAAAGUGGAAA